GACACCUGGAGGUAAACAGCCAAGUCCAGCAUUGCACCCCGAUACCCAAGAAGCAACCUCUUCGCGCCAGGGCAAUUCCGUCUCUUCACCCCCGCCACCUGCCUGCAGCUGCGCCAAAGCUCACGACCCUCUGCACCGCCCAAGUCGAUCGAUACACGUAGCAUCCCACUUAUUCUGGACACCAAGGGACACUGAGGGCUGAAGGCCUUUGAGAGUCACGUUAUCGCAGCUGGAUACUGUAUAUCUCGGGACCAUCGCAUAUACCAGAGCCAGACGGGCAUCAUGGCGGCCUUCCUCGAGAACUCGUACAGUCUGGUGCACCAGGACAAUGCUGCCGACGUACCAUCACAGAAUGAGCUGAAGAAUGCUCUGGAAAAGGGCAGCGAUGAGCAGAAGAUCGAGACUAUGAAGAAGAUCCUCUCGAUUAUGCUCAAUGGCGACCCCCAGGCCGGUUUACUCAUGCACAUUAUCCGAUUCGUCAUGCCCAGCAAGUCGAAGCCGCUCAAGAAGCUCAUGUACUUCUUCUUCGAGGUAUGCCCCAAGCACGACGCUCAGGGCAAGCUACGGCAGGAAUGGAUUCUCGUCUGUAAUGCGAUUCGAUUCGACCUGCAGGCGCCCAACGAAUACGUACGAGGAAACACAUUGCGCUUCGUAACCAAGCUACGAGAUGCUGAACUUGUCGAGCCCCUACUACAACCGGUGCGCCAGUGCCUAGCACACCGACACGCAUACGUGCGAAAGAACGCAACCUUCGCUAUCGCGUCCAUCUUCACACAUCUCCCCGAACUCAUGCCAGAUGCGCCCGAUCUUCUGGUAACAUUCCUAGACGACGAGAACGACCCGACUUGCAAGCGCAAUGCCUUCGCCGCCCUCGUCUCCGUCAGCCAUGAAAAGGCUCUCGAAUACCUCAGCACCGUCUUUGACGCCAUACCCAACCACGAAGAGCUUCUCCUUCUCGCUGAACUAGACUUUAUCCGCAAAGAUGCUAUUGUAAACCCAUCCAACAAGGCCCGCUACCUCCGCUUGAUCUUCGACCUCCUCGAAUCCCAAGUCUCGACCGUCAUCUACGAGGCCGCCCACGCCCUUACAACCCUCACAAGCAACCCAGUCGCCGUAAAGGCUGCUGCUGCAAAGUUUGUGGAGCUGGCUAUCAAGGAGCCCGACAACAAUGUCAAGCUGAUUGUCUUGGAGAGGGUUGACCAACUACGACACAAGAAUGAAGGAGUCCUUGAUGAUCUGACAAUGGAGGUUCUCCGUGUGCUGUCCAGCACCGACCUGGACGUCCGGAAGAAAUCGCUCAACAUCGCAAUGGAGAUGAUCUCAAGCAGGAAUGUCGAGGAAGUCGUCCUGCUGCUGAAGAAGGAGCUAAUGAAGACGGUGGACGAACAAUACGAGAAGAACCCCGAAUACAGAUCGCUCCUCAUCUCGUCGAUACACUCCGCCGCCAUCAAGUUCCCCGAAGUCGCAGCAAGCGUCGUCGGAUCACUCAUGGACUUCAUCUCCGAUGUCAGCAGCAAUGCUUCUGCAGUCGACGUCAUUUCGUUUGUCAAGGAGGUUGUUGAGCGCUUCCCAGAUUUGAGAGCUUCCAUCAUCGAACGACUGGUCUCGACUCUUGGCGAAGUACGCGCCGGCAAGGUUUACCGUGGUGUGCUCUGGAUCAUCGGAGAGUUCUCCCUCGAGGCCAAGGAUAUCCGUGACGCAUGGAAGGGUAUCCGUUCAUCACUUGGCGAGAUUCCCAUUCUUGCUUCUGAGCAACGACUGCUGGACGAUGCAUCAGAGGGCAAAGAGAGUAGUGAACAAGUCAACGGACACGCAAAGGCAGCUCCAACCGGAUCAAGGAAAGUGCUCGCUGACGGCACCUAUGCAACUGAAAGUGCUCUGACUUCCUCCGCCGCUGCCAAGGCAAAGCUCGAGGCGGUUAAGAACUCACAGAAGCCUCCACUACGACAACUUCUCCUCGACGGCGACUACUAUCUUGCCACAGUUUUGUCCAGCACUCUCACCAAGCUUGUCAUGCGCCACAAGGAAAUCUCAAAGGACGACGCUCGCACCAACGCUCUCCGCGCCGAGGCCAUGCUCAUAAUGAUCUCAAUCAUCCGUGUUGGCCAGUCGCAUUUCGUCAAGACGUUUAUUGACGAAGACUCCAUCGACCGUAUCAUGUCCUGUGUUCGUUCGCUCUCCGAGUUCUCGCAAAGAAAGGAGCUUGAGACUGUCUUCUUGGAGGACACCCGGAGAUCAUUCCGAACGAUGGUUCAGACGGAAGAGAAGAAGCGAGCAGCCAAGGAGGCUUCCGAGCGUGCAAAGUCGGCUGUCAACGUUGAUGACUCUUUCAACAUCCGCCAGUUAAAGAAGAAGGACGCGGAUGGCAGUGACGGUGUCGAGCAAGAUCUAGAACUCGCCACUGGAGGCGACACUGCGACUGAGGAUCUCACAUCCAAACUCAGUCGCGUCGUACAGUUGACUGGUUUCUCAGACUCAGUCUACGCAGAAGCCUAUGUCAAGGUUCACCAAUUCGAUAUCGUUCUCGAUGUUCUUCUCGUGAACCAGACAACUGAGACAUUACAAAACCUCACUAUCGAAUUCGCAACACUCGGUGAUCUCAAGGUAGUCGAGCGCCCUUCAACGCAGAACGUUGGACCCCACGACUUCAUCAACAUCCAAGCGACGAUUAAGGUCUCAUCUACCGACACUGGUGUCAUCUUUGGAAACAUCAUCUACGAAGGUGAGAAGGGUGUCGACUCCAACGUUGUCAUUCUCAAUGACGUCCACGUCGACAUUAUGGACUACAUCAAGCCCGCGCAAUGCACAGAAACGCAAUUCCGGACCAUGUGGACCGAGUUUGAGUGGGAGAACAAGGUCAACAUCAACUCCAAGGCCAAGACGCUACGUGAUUUCUUGAAGCAACUCAUGGCAUGUACCAAUAUGAGCUGCUUGACUCCAGAAGCAUCGAUGAAGGGCGACUGCCAGUUCUUGUCAGCCAACUUGUAUGCCAGGAGUGUUUUCGGUGAGGACGCUCUGGCCAACUUGAGCAUCGAGAAGGAAGGCGACAGUGGUCCCAUCACCGGGUUCGUCCGCAUAAGAAGUCGCUCCCAAGGCUUGGCAUUGAGCUUGGGAUCGUUGAAGGGUCUGAAUAAGGUUGGUGUGGCAUGAGUUCCCGGCUAAAAAGCACUUACUACUCGUCCGGGGUAACGGGAGAUGGGCGUUUUGUUCCUAAAGAAAGGGUAACAAAAAGGAAGGCUUCUCGCUUGGCUUUUAGUCCUGGAGUGUUGCAUUUGGGCGCGUUGAAGCAAAGACAUGAUGGAUAGGGUGAAUGCUAAUUUAGCAUUGCUGCAUGUAUUGAAGACAUAAGAAUUCAAGAUCUCAAUUCGGA